UUCUUCCAUUCUGAUUGUCUUCUCACUUGAUUGUAUUGUUUGCAGCACAAAAGUUUUAAAUUUUGAUGUAGUCUAAUUUACCUGUUUUUGUAGUAUUUUAUGGAAUUGAGUUGAUUUGUUUUCAAGUCCUAUUAGGAUCCAUUGAGAUCUCAUUCCUAGACAAAGAAAAGAAGGUUUUAUUUUUGUGUGUGUACAGUUGAGUUAUAGGUUUCUUAGGAUGUGCUUAGGUGUAUUUGCCCAGAGUUUUUGCCAUAAAGAAUUCUUCCUAACAGACAAAGUGCCUUGAGGUUUUGAGCAGAAUAACUUUGGGGGAGCAUUUCCUUGCUGCUCCAUGAUUGAACCGAUGGUUAUAACCAGGAUGAUUUUUUUUCUCCCAGGAGAACAUUUGGCAAUGUCUGGAGACAUUUUUGGUUGUCACAACUAGGCAGGGCUUGCUACUAGCAUCUAGUGGUAGAGGCCAGGGAUGCUUUUAAACAAACCACAAUGCACAGGACAGGCUCCAGGAACAAAGAAUUAUCUGGCUCAAAAUAUCAGUAGUGCCAAAGUUGAGAAACUCUGGCCUAAACAGGAAGAUCCUAAGACUUGAGAUAUUGAAAAGUUUUUCAGUUCACAUCUGGAUAAUUAAAUAAAGUUUGCUAAUCAAAUCAAAGGAGGAUGGACUCUCUGUGGACAGAAUGGUGACAGAACUUGUAAGUUAAAUCAGGGAACAAUUUGCUGAAUUUUCAGUGCUGCCAAUUUAUAUGUAAAUUACAUUUGUGAUCAUGGAAACUAUUUGGAGGAGAAAUAGCAGUCGAGCAAGAGUAGAUUAUUCCUUAGACCUCCAGGACACCUGGAGACACGCACAUGUACGUAUCCUGGCAAAUGGACCGACUCGGUUGACUUAGGUACUGCUGAAAUGGUGGUCUCCUUGGAGAAUAUGGCGAUGAGUUUUUAAGGUAAAAUUUAAUAACACUGAUACUCUGGUGACUAACAGUCAUUGGUCUGCCCCUAGAAUUUGUGGAACUAGGUUUUCCUCCCAGCAAGGCUUUUCUUCAGCAGCGUGGCAUGCUUAAGUGUCUGGACUUAGGAUCCAGAUUGCCUGGAGUUGAAUCUCAGCUCCACCAUCUCCUUGUGUGACAUUAGACAGGUUACUUAACUCUUUUAUGAAUCAGUUUUUUCGUGAGUAAACUGAGGCUGUGGUAGAACGUCUUACAGGAUUGUUGUGGGAAUGAAGUGGAGUCGCACAUUAGAGCGCUGACGGCAGUGCCUGCCGUCCGGGGUCAUGUGAGUGCUGGCUGUUAAUAUUCUGUGUCUUCUGCCCCUUCCAGCUCUUUGCUAUGGACAGUGCUAUCACUCUGUGGCAGUUCCUCCUCCAGCUCCUCCAGAAGCCUCAGAACAAGCACAUGAUCUGCUGGACGUCUAAUGAUGGGGAGUUCAAGCUUCUGCAGGCGGAAGAGGUGGCUCGCCUCUGGGGCAUUCGAAAGAACAAGCCUAAUAUGAACUAUGACAAACUCAGCCGAGCCCUCAGAUACUACUACGUAAAGAAUAUCAUUAAAAAAGUGAAUGGUCAGAAGUUUGUGUACAAGUUUGUGUCUUACCCAGAGAUUUUGAAGAUGGACCCCAUGACAGUGGGCAGGACUGAGGGAGAGUGCGACAUGCUCAGCUUCAGUGAGGUCAGCAGCAGCUCCAAAGACAUGGAGAGUGGGGGAAAAGAGAAGCCGCCUCCCCCUGGAGCCAAGACCUCCAGCCGCAACGACUACAUACACUCUGGCUUAUAUUCUUCAUUUACUCUUAACUCUCUGAACUCCUCCCAUAAGAAGCUUUUCAAAUCUAUAAAGAUUGAGAAUCCAGCUGAGAAACUGGCCGAGAAAAAAUCCCCUCAGGAGCCAACGCCAUCUGUCAUCAAAUUUGUAACAACACCUUCCAAAAAGCCACCAGUUGAACCUGUUGCUGCCGCCGUUUCUUCUGGCCCGAGUAUCUCUCCAUCUUCUGAAGAAACCGUCCAAGCAUUGGAGACUUUGGCUUCCCCCAGACUGCCUUCCCUGGAGGCCCCCACCUCUGCCUCCAGUGCAACCACCGCUUUUCCCACCACGCCUCCUCUUUCCUCCAUGUCCCCGUCUUUGCAAGAUCCUCCAAGAACACCUUCCCCACCGCUGAGUUCUAACCCAGACAUUGACACAGACAUCGAUUCGGUGGCUUCUCAGCCAAUGGAACUUGCAGAGAACUUGUCACUGGAGCCUAAAGAUGAGGGUUCAUUUUUGCCAGAAAAGGACAAAACAAAUAGUUCAUCAAGAUCCAAGAAACCUAAAGGGUUAGAGCUGGCCCCAGCCCUUGUGAUCACAGGCAGUGACCCAAGCCCACUGGGAAUAUUAAGCCCCUCUCUGCCUACAGCUUCUCUCACACCAGCACUAUUUUCACAGACACCCAUCUUACUGACUCCGAGCCCCUUACUCUCCAGUAUCCACUUUUGGAGCACUCUCAGCCCUGUUGCUCCCCUGAGUCCAGCCAGACUGCAAGGUGCUAACACGCUUUUCCAGUUUCCUUCUGUACUGAACAGUCAUGGGCCGCUCACUCUUUCUGGCCUGGAUGGACCUUCCACCCCUGGCCCAUUUUCCCCAGAUCUACAGAAAACAUAACCUAUGCACUUGUGGAAGGAAAGAACGAAGGAAUAAAGAAGGAGAGACAUUCGAUGUGGCUACAUUUGAAGUGAGCAAAUGAUAGUUCCACAAUGCUGAUAAUAGACUAUUGCGAUUUUUGCCGUUCCUCAUUGAAAUGCCUUUUUAGGCUUUUCUUUGAAUAAGACUCAAGUUGGAUUGUGUAUAAAAAUGCCUUAAUUGGAGUCCUAACUCCACCUCCCUCUUUUUCUUUUUUUAAAAUGUUUUGAGCUUUGUGUUAAAGAAAUUUUGGUUUGUGUUAAAGAAAAUUCUGGCUAUGCUUUGCAGGAGCAAUUAAGAACAAAGUUACUCCUUCUGCCUUAUUGGAACCCUUUGAUCAAGAAAAAAAUCAUGCUUUGAGUAUAUUAUUUAAAGAAAUAUUAGUUAAGUGAAAUUGGCCAUAUCUUUAGGACUAAGUGUGCUCUGUUGAAUAACUAAAAGUGAGCUGUGCAUAAGCAGCGGAGGGAAAAGAAUCAUUCGUUUUCACACAAAGUAAGAUCGGAGCAGUGCUAUUGGGGAGAUUGUAUUCUGCUGUGAAUGUAACCUGUGUAAGCAACUCCACAAAAAGGCAUCUUAUUUACAUUUAUUCAGGAUGGGUCGCUGAGCCAUGUGUGUGAUCUUGUCUGGACCUGUCGACAGCAUGGUGCUAGUCUGUUUAAGCAUAGGAAGAUUUUAGACCUGGGGUGUAAGACUGUUUGGAACAGCCAGUGAGCAUAUGGGACCCGUGUCUAGCACAGAAAUGUUGCCUGCUCUCUGGGUAAUGUGAUUACACACCCCUGGGACACAGCAUGGUAAAUGGUGGCCUUUGGGAUGAUGAACCUGGGUUUUGAAGUUUUGAGGCAUCUCUGAAGUGAAAGACUCAGUCAUAUAACCUGGAACAGCAUGCGGGGCUCUUCCCAGGUAGAAGACACCCAGUAUGAGGACCCUCUCUCUUUUCUGUUUAUUUUACCGCAGUUUCUCCUGUAUAUUUAUUUUCUUUUAAAUUGAAGUUGUUAGAGGUUGUGAUAGCUUUUUGUUGUUGUUUUAUUUUGGUGAGAAAGAUUCACCC